UGGAGAGCCAGGAAGCCCCGGUCUCCUUGCUGUUGCCUGCCCGUUUCGUUCUCUUCCGCCCGUAGCGAGCAGCCCCUGUCGGUGCGUCAUCGGCAUGAGCCCUGCGCUGGCUCCCCGAGGAUUCUCAGGCGGGCUUCGGGGCAGUUUUUUCAAACGUUCUGCGUUCUCGGGGCGUUAGCGGAGAGUUUCUUGCAGAACGGCGAUGGCCGGCAGGAUUUGCCACUACUAUAUGAAUGGCAACUGCCGCUACGGCGAGAGAUGCUGGAAUCGGCACCCGGGCUACGCCGAAGGAACCGGCCAGUCUUCAUCUCAGAGCUCCGGUUCCAGUAGAAGAGGUGGAUGGGGUAGCCAUAAUCAGAGAGAUCCUAUUGUCCAGGCAUCCAGUUUUUCUAAACCGUUGAACUGGCGCAGCAACAGAGAUCAUGGGAAAGCAUUCCAUGGCUCCCAGGCUGACUUGGGCUUUUCUCAAAAUAGGUUUACUGCCUUAAACUCUAGUGAAGAUGUGAGUAGUGAUGGCAUUAAAAAUGACGACGAGAAGCUUCUUGACAUUAUAAUGAAAGACAUGGAGUUUUGGGAAUCUUCAGGCCAGUGGAUGUUUUCCUCCUAUUCUCCAUCAAAAGACAACCCUAAUAUUUCAGGUUUCCCGGCCUUUUCCCCUGAAGAACUACGUCUUGAAUACUAUAACUGCAGUGCAAAUAAUAAUAUUCAGAAUUAUGUUAACUCAGUCCAGCAGUUAAUUGCUCAAUGGAGAAGUAGAUUACUUGAGCUGAAGAAUAUAAAUGCAUCCACUAAAGCUUCAUUGAUAUCUGAACUUAAAAAUGUGACUAACCAAGCACCACCUGCAGUUGGGUUUGAGGGACAGCAAUUGUCGGUUUUUGGGACAUCAACCUUUCCUGUGAAUAAACAAAGCAGCGCUAAAACCUUUUCUUUCAAAUCACCUUCGGAGCUUGCUAAUGUCUCAUCUGGAAGCCUGCCUGCAUUUGGGAGCCUUACUGGCGUUCCGAAUCAUCCCACGUUGGCUGCAACAUCUUCAUCCACUACUACUCCUACCACCCAUUCAGUUGGCUUUGGAAACCAAACUGCUUCAUCUGCAGCUUCCUUUUCAUUUAAAAGCACUGCAACUCCUGUUGGCUUUGGAACUUCUGGAUUUUCAGGGUUUAGACCGUCACUUCCUGCAAGUUCUUCAGAUAAUACAUCUGCUCCAGUGUUUGGUGUUAGUAAUAUACCCCCACCUUUGGAUUCAAGGAACACCCUGUUUGGACAGCAGACAAAUGUCUUUGGUAGUAGUGGUGCUGCAUCAUCAGUAACCCAAACUAACAUCGUUUCAGAAAAGUUAUUUACCCCAAAGGCUGAACUGUCUGCAGAUGAGCUGAAGCAAUUUGAAGCAACGAAAUUUACACUAGGAAAGAUUCCUUUAAAACCACCACCAAUGGAACUUCUAAAUGUGUAAAAUAUUUUGAGGCUGUCUUCAUUACUUUUGUUCCCAGUGCAUACGCUCCAGUUUUAUUUCUUCAGAAUUUAAAGAGUUUUUUUCUGUCAUGCCACCAUUGCUUCAGAAAAGUGAUCUGUUGAACUUGCAGGCUGCAAAAUGGACAUGGUUAUCUUGAGAACAGUGCACUGUAAAAUAAAGCUUUGGCAAUCAGUUGAAAAUGCUGCAAACCCAAGUUCCGUUCUUUGGUAGCAUUGGCUUAAUCGAAAACAUAUCCUAACUCAUCCAAAAUCAUGUCAGCUGUUCCCUCUUUACAUUGUGCCAGUUCCAGUGUGAUCCAUGAACCUUUCCGUCCAUCCUGUACUGUUGCUGUAGUUUUGGCCUUGAGCUCCAGCAUAACAUCACAGUUCUCAGCCUUAGUAUUUCCAUUUGCAAUAGGUUAGGCUGGUUUUAAUGAGCAAAUAUAACUUUGGUUACACACUGUUUGCUACAGUCAAGGCUUAAUUUUAGGUGAAUGCACAUCUAUCAUUCUCUUAAUAGGCAACAUUUAACCUCUGUGUUAUGCAACACAUUAUGAGAUGAUGAGACGCUGCUGAUAACGGGAAAUAAAUAUCCCCAUCCCAUCCCCUUGUGUGCUUUCCCAAGACCCUGGUCUAACUGUUGCCUGGAUACAGGAUCCUGAACUAGAUGGGCGUGCUCUGACCCGACUGGUAAUUCUCAUGGCGAACUCAGAAUGCCACUCAUGAGUAAGACAUUUUGCAACUAUAGAGAUCAUGAAAUGAUUACCAACUAUGUUAUGUACAUACAAAUAUAAGCAAAUUAUGUGUACAUGGAGAUGGUUGGUAAUGUUCAUGUAUAGGAAAAAUCACUGUGUAAAUCUGCCCUCCAGGUUGAGAAAAAGCGUGCCUUUUUUGCCUUAGUGUUGUAAUGGAAUUUUAUGCUGAGGAUUAAAAGUUCCUUAAGAGGCUGUAUCUUCAGUUUUAAUUUGAAAGACAGUGUGGUCUUUUUUCCUAUAAAACUGGGACACUGGGGGGGGGAAGGCAACCUUUUACAACACUUUCAGCUUCUGGAAAAGAAGAAGGACUGAAACAAAGCUGUGUGUUCUCAGCCUCUAAUCUGAUUUCAUGUGAUUGCUUUUCACUUCGCUUCUUUGAAACAACAGGAUGUGUGAGUCAUUGACGUUCCUACUGUGUAGGUCAAAGUCUCAAGUGGUCUGAAGUUUUAGCAGAGACAUCACUGUCAACUGAAUAUUUAAGGGCUGACUAUACUUUCAGGGAGAUAGAUCAAGAUGGGUAGUCAUCUUUG